AUGUCUGAGAGGUCUUCCCAGGCUUCAACCCCGCAUAAUGGCGAUGGCUCAGACUCAGGAUCAGAUCCAGAGGAGGAGGCAUUCGAAGUAGAAGCUAUUCUUGCGGAGAAGUGCUUCAUGGGUGUGACGAAAUAUCUAGUUAAAUGGGAUGGAUAUGACCUGAUGAACGCGACGUGGGAGCCCGCUGAUCAGUUCGACUCCGAUGAGACAUUGACGGAUUGGUCAAGAAAGAAAUCUCUCAUUGAAGCAGAGAGAGAACGACGUUUCGACGUGAAGAGAUGGGAGAGGGAUCUUAAGAGAAUACAGGCCAAAUUUGAAUCAUCUGGGAAAAGUCUUAUUGAGGAAAACGCCUCGCUCAACACCGACUUUGAUUCCUAUUUUAUACCAUUGCCUGUUCGACCAAACCUCUCAACCCCUCCAUUCGUUAAGAACCUCAGAACCAGGCGAGAAAGCCGCGUAUCCAUCUCUUCUGACGUCUCAUCUCUGUUUGUUAGCGCCGACACCGUUUCUCCAGGGCAGCCACCGGCGCCAGGCUCGGUAUCACAGAACGACCCCACAAAGCCUGCAUCUGGGAACUCCCAGUCCUCGGAAAUCACACGCCCCCAGGUGCAAGCAGUCAAGACAGCUGGGGGAGUAGUUAGAAUCGCCCCGAAAAAAGUACCUCAACGGCAAGCAGACAAUCAAUCCACCGAUCAACUAAAUACUUCAGCGCACAAUCAAAUAGCUCGAAAGUCACAGCAACAACAAUCCGCUCGGAAAUUAAGCGACCCCGGAUCUAGAUCUCAAUCAUCCUCUGCCAGGCCUUCUUUAUUUGAGCCUGGUCAACCAUUUCGUCCAAGCAAUGAACGACGCUCAGGCCGAGAGAUGGUGCCUGAUAUUAGUCAAUUGGAGCUUUUAAAACCAUCCGACUUUCCCAGCAGACAUAAUUACGGACAUAUCGCGAUUACAAGCAAAAAAGGUGCUGAAGACCAUAUCUCUGGGAAUAAUUCCUUGCCCCCAGACGCGGCAGAGGCCGGAUCUACAGCAUUGGGUCCUUCAAAAGACCAUAUGUCUGGGAAUAAUCCCUUGCCCCCAGAUGCGUCAGAGGCCGGAGUUACAGCAUUGGGUCCUUCAAAUCUUCCUAGCUCCUUGCAAUCUACAGGAGCGAACCGGUCUGAAAGACCGUCAGGGAUCCAGGCUCCGGACACCACUAUUCGACUUGCGCGAUCUCCGCCCUGCAUGCCAAAGGCGGAUAGACUAUCUUCACGAGACAGGUCUCCGGGUCGAGAUAAUCCUCCAAGACUGCCUGACUUUGCAGAGCGCUCAACCGCAGCCGCAGAGAAUAAUUGUCGGCACUCAUCAGAUGCAAGUCGCCAGAAACCACCAAGUGUGUAUAGCCGCAGAGAAUCUCCAGGUGUGUCCAACCCUCGGCGACUUCUAGAUUCAGACAGCCACAGACGGUCACCAGAUCCACCUUUCCGUCAAGGGCCUUUAGAUUCCUUUCGCAGAGGUGGAGACUACUAUAGACCAGGUGGUCGUGAGAGGCCAAGCGAAUGUGAGGAAGGUUCCCCCAGUCAUCGCCACCCGAGUGUACAAUCUACCAAUGGCACCUCCACAUUUGGUCAAUCAUACCAUGAGAUUGCCAGACGCAAUUCUAUCUCAGGUGCGGAUCGACGUCAAUCGCCACCUAUAGUCGCCGCGCCAAGGCCUUCCAAUCAACCCUCCAUAUCUGCGGAAGAGAAAGAGCAGAUCGCCCAAAUGCCACUGGGAGUCCCAGAUGACAGUGCGAAGUUCGUCGGGAGUAGCUAUUUCUACAGCGAAGAUGACCAUGAGGUCUUGGUGCAGGUUUAUUUUGGCGUUGACAAGAAGUACAUUGGCCCUGUGAGACUAUGUGGUCAUCGCCGCAUGGCCAAGUACGAUCUUUUAAGGCAGAAUCCAGAGAAAGGAAAGGAUAAUUUUGAAAUGUGGUUUAAAGACCUAUGUACAUGGGACGAAUACGAAGAACUGGCCCGUAAUAUAGCUGUCCCUCAGAAAUGGUGCAAUUCUUGGAUGGAAGGGUUCGAAGACACGAACGAAGCACUAUUUUUCAUGGGCCAAUCUCUCUCUGAGCAAAAUAAGGCAGCCAUCUAUUACCCAGCCGACCGUCGCGGCUUGAGCUGGAUCGCCUACUCCCCUUCUUCCGCUUUUCACCGUCGUCUCACGCAUCACAAGUCAAUGGUUGCGCUGCCAAGUGGUGCAGCAAUCUGUCUUUCUGUGACGGGUCCAUUGCUGGAUUUCUCAACUCUGGGCACAAAGUAUGGCAGACCUGGGCAGAACCACGCAUCUGUCAAUUCCACAUCGACAAACAGCAUGAAUCAGAAUCUGCAACACGGAUCUUCAGAAACUCACUCAGAACCUCGUCCCUGGGUCGUUACAGAGUCGAACAGAGCAGAUAGACGGAUACUAGAUGAAACACUGAACUUGGGUAUCUACGAAGCCGUGGAUACACCCGGGGACCCCUUUGUCGAGAAAAGGCCAACGACAAGUGCUAGCCCUGCGGAUGCCCAGGUGCCAGCUAUUCCAUCGCAAAACGUAGUGGGCAUUAAUAAGGAGCACACGCCAAACCCUACCGCCUCCGGGAUCGCUCAAAUGUUCACGUUUUUCCAUGUGACGCUGAAGAUAACGGUCAAAAACCUCGCCACCCUUCAUAAUGGCAGUAUGGCUGACAUGUUCUAUCUUCAUUUCCCUUCGGAUGAUGGAGAUGCUAGCGCGGAAUUGGAACUGAUGAAGCUAUGGCUUAAUCACCAUAAAGUUAAUUGCUACACAAGCAAGGACCCAAGCAGCUGGGAAAGAUUCCACGCCAAUUGCAAGCGUGGUGUGGUUAUCUUUCAUGAAUCGUUUUUUGAGUACGAUAGUUUACGGCCGAAAAUUCGGUCCUUUCAAUGGAAAGACGAUUUCAAUUUCUGGAGUGUCCGCCUCCAGAGACCUUUGGAUUCACCAGAUCAUCGACUCCUCGGCAAAGGUUCUCACAUCCAGCGUCUUUUCCCUUGCGGUACUGCGAUUCUCCUUACCGAGGAUGUAUUUGUUGAUAUGAAACGAGCGGCCAUGAUCAUCUGCUGGUUUUACCAUAAACACUGUUUAAGCCCGGGAACAUCCAAACUCGUGCUUUGCCCAGACGUGAUGACAAAAUUAGAAAAGAUUUUGGACGAUCCCUCUCGAAACAAGGAUUUUGAUCCUUACAUUUUGAGCAUCAUCACUUGUAUCAAGACGGUGAACUCGGUGGAUCCCAACUUUCCCUUUUUCGAACCAAGCAGUCUGUCCAUCCAGGAACUUGAUCGUAUCAACAAUAAUGUCCUGUGUCUACCCGUUGCAGGAUAUGGUCAGCGCACCGGCGACGAACACCCACACAUCCCUAAGGGUCUAACACAAGACGAAAGAAAUGCAGAUCAUCUCGUCGAGGCCUUUGCCGGAUGGAUGCAAAUGAACGUAACACGCUUCCGCAGAAUGGCUGUCGUUUCUUUCCAGAGGAAUGAGGCCCUCUUAAGUCGUUGGUCGGCUUGGGGACAUCUUCAUGUCAUGAGCGGUUUCAAGGGUUUCUGCAAGGCAUACAACACUGAUGAAACUAUUCUUCAUGACAGGCUUCAAAAUGGCCUUCAGCGAAGUGUCAAUUCUCCACGAGUCCUUGAAGCCAAUCCUCUUGCUACGCCCCGAACUCCCCGGACCCCUCAAACCCCUCAGGAAACGCAAGAUCCCCGUGGGUCUCAUAGGGAGAGUAGGGAUCCCAGGCUAUAUCGAAAGCUAAAGAACUCCAAUCCCAACAUCGGCUCUCCUCAGCCUUACCGAUGA